AUGAGAAGCGUGAGAAGUCCAUUGCAAGAGUUCAGUAGCUCUAAGAUCAACCGGCUGGUGCAGAAGCCGGGUGGGAAGGAGGUGGGGGUGGGGAAGAGGAGUGGUUCGCCGGUGUUGCAGGGUCGCGUUCAGCUUGUGGAGAAUAAUAAUCGAGGGGGAAAGACGGAGACGCCGUUACAGAGCCUUCCCAAGAAGUUGUCGAUGGAUGGGGGCCAGUUCACACAGUCCCCCAAGAGGGGCCAUGGGAUUUAUCAGCCUUCAUCGCGGAUGCUUGCAACCCCUACGGAUUCAGAUGAGUUGAUAAUGCCGAACACUUCCACGACAUGCCCGGGCAGUUAUAAGAAACAGGUGGAAAUAAUUAAAGCACGUCUGCAAUUGGCCUACUAUAAAUAUCGGACCAACCAAUCACACUUGAACUUCCGCGAGUUAAAGCAGAGGCAUAUGGCCGGCAAAUCUGUAAGAAAGCUGGCUUGCACUACCAAUUCUUGCAGUUUACGAACACCAGUGAAACCUGCAUCAGCAUCCAUUGUACAAAAGCAGCCUGCUUGUCUCUCGCCAAGCAACACCCCGAUGUCCGUGAAGGCAGCUAAAUCCCUGUUGCAGCUUCUCAGCGCCAGUUCAUCUGUAAAUUCCAAAAACAAGCCCACAGCCACUCCUGUUCUUUAA